AUGGUUAACGUGACCUCUGAACAGGGUGGUGAACCCAGGAGUCUGCACCGCCUCCUGGUGGAUGCAUUCCUAACGACGGUCCCAAUAAGUGCGAACACUCAGAUAAAAUUUAAAGUCGUUGACCGUUGGCCUGCCAGGAUGGCACAGUGGGGCGCCGUGUUCGCCAUAAUAGCGGCACUUGGAGGAGCAGCGCUCUUAGCGUCCGUGCACAAGAUUGAAGAAGGACACACUGGGGUGUAUUACAGGGGCGGGGCUCUGUUGACGGCCACCAGCGGCCCCGGUUUCCACCUCAUGCUUCCAUUCAUCACAACCUACAAAUCUGUUCAGACGACGCUGCAGACGGAUGAGGUGAAAAACGUUCCCUGCGGGACCAGCGGAGGAGUGAUGAUCUACUUUGACCGCAUCGAAGUGGUGAACUACCUCGUCCCCUCAGCAGUGUUCGACAUCGUGAGGAACUUCACGGCCGACUACGACAAAGCUCUGAUCUUCAACAAAGUGCACCACGAGCUCAACCAGUUCUGCAGCGUCCACUCCCUGCAGGAGGUCUACAUCGGCCUGUUUGACCAAAUCGACGAGAACCUCAAACUGACGCUGCAGGAGGAUCUCACAUCCAUGGCGCCCGGGCUCAUCAUACAGGCGGUCCGUGUCACGAAGCCCAACAUCCCAGAGAGCAUCCGCAGGAAUUAUGAGCUCAUGGAGAGCGAGAAGACGAAGCUGCUGAUCUCCCAGCAGACGCAGAAGGUGGUGGAGAAGGAGGCCGAGACGGAGAGGAUCAAAGCUGUGAUCGAGGCAGAGAAAGUGGCCCAAGUGUCGGAAAUCAAGUUUGGGCAGAAGGUCAUGGAGAAGGAAACGGAAAGGAAGAUCUCUGAGAUUGAAGAAGACUCAUAA